AUGGCAGAUACGAAGAGCUCGGGUUCGCAGAGUUCGACAACGAUGGACAAUGCAGUCAUCGACGUUGCCACUGCUCAUGUUCAUGAAGCUAUUCGUGCACUCCUUGCAGAUGAAGUGCCCGACCUUGCGCAGCGAAAGGGCCUCGCUAUCUUUAAUGAUCCAUAUCUCCACCUCAGUUAUGAAUCGUUUAAGAGCUAUAUCCAUUUCAUCGUCAUGACUUGGUCCGGUGUGGCCAUCAGCUUUCGUCACUUGUUGGGUCGCCAGAUCCAAAUCGUCGACUUUGUCGCUCUUGUCUUUUUCUCGACCCUCGUCAGCGCCGUGUUGACGAUGGGCGUGUUCAUGUGUCUGGUUUGCAAGCUCCCAUUCGUCGAGAGCGUGUUUGGUAUCUACUCGCGUCUCAAUGGUGGGUUCAGCGCGACCAAUAGUCUCAACACUCGAAUGUUCAGCUCUCUCACCAAGCGUGAAGUCAGAUUCUCCAAAGCUGCGCUUGCAUCGACAUCUCCAGGCUCCCCCGACGGCAAAGACUUUAACCUCGAGAUUGCCAAGAUGCUCCUUCUCCUCGCAUCCGUCGUGUACGAGCGCACCAGCGACGGCAUCCGCGAGUCACUCAAGCACACCCACUCAGUGCCCAAGGUCACGCAUCACAAGCGCAAGGGGAGCAACGGAAGUCCCAAGUAUCGCACAUCUCCAAGUGCGACGCCACUGUCGCCCAUCUCUCCACUCGCCUCUGUCCACGUCUUCGGUGGCCGAGCUCCGGGUGCCUUUUCACAAUUUCAAUCUCAAAUGUCUCAUCACAUCCACCACCAUCGACCAUCACACCUCUUGAAGACGUUUGGCCACAAGUCUGCACAGCAGAUUCGAGCGCUUUUGCACGGAUCCGAGGGGGACAACGUUAUCACUUCGUUGGUCGAGCGACUUGGAUUGGAGUAUGAGCCUUGCUCCGAGUUGAACAGUGCUAGCUCUAGCUAUGCCGCGCUGUUCUGGGACAAGAAGAUGAAUUGGGUCGUCGUUGCCUUCAAAGGGACCAGUCCAGCCGAGUUUGACGAGUGGUUGACCGACUUUGAUAUCACUCGUGUCGAUGCAGGGCAUAGGCUGCCUGGUUAUCAGCAGGUUCACCGUGGGUUUAAGAAUCGCUUGUUCCCGGAUCAAGGAACCUCUCAUCGUACACCAUACGAGACAAUCAUUGCUGCUCUCAAGGUGGUCACCAACGACCUCAUGUCGCGCACAGACAAGGAUAUCAACGUCUGGUUCACUGGUCACUCGCUUGGAUGCGCAAUGGCAACGUUUACUUAUACUCGUGCAUUACUCAACUUGGACGGCCUUCAUCCUCGCGUACAGUUGUGCGAUGCCUAUCUCUACGGUGCACCCGUUGUCUGUGACAUGGCCUCCGCCAAGGUCUUUAACGAGUUUAUGGAACACCGAAGGAGUAUUACCGGACGGGUACGCAACGUCUGGCGCGUGACAAAUCGCUCCGAUGCCGUCUCGACUUUGCUUCCCAUGCUCGGUGAUGAUCCGCUCUAUCCUCACACCACGAGUCUCUUUGCGUACGCACAUCUCGGAAGCGAGGUCAAGAUGCGUCCAGGCUCUGGAAAGUCCAUCAUUGUCGACAACUAUUGUACACCCGCCCCGCUCGCAAGUUCGACUACCUCUGGAUCACGUUAUGGGGGCUUCAAAGCUCAAGUUGUCUCGCUCGCAGACGGCAGUGCACGCCACUGGCUACAAGAAGACGACGAGACGCUCUUCGCACCUAGCUCGGACUCGGAUUCGGAUGGAGAAAGGAAGCUAGGUGGACGUCAUCGUGGACGCGCAAGGGGUGGGAGUGGAGGUGACGAGUUUAUUGGAUAUGCCAUGACCGACGAAGCGCGCUCGACGUACCGUGCCGCCAUGAACGCACUCGCUUCUGCUCGCACAGGUGAAUCAGGCAGUAAAAAGAUGAGCGAGCGCGAAAGGAAGUUGCGAAAGAGACGUGAAGAGGCCAAGUAUGGCGUCGGCGUGCCGUGGUGGAUCGCAGCGCUCGAGUAUGUCCCGCUUUUUGGAAGAAUCGUCUCACACUUCCCUGGCCUAUACUUUCGUUCAUUGCAAGAGAUGGCCCCAGGGGACUUUGUGUGGCGACGCAGCUAG